AUGUCUGCAUCAAGCGACCCCACAAACUUGGGGCCAGAAGAGCCAGCGUCCAGCAGCUCCGAAGCCAAGCAGCCCGCGCAGGCCUCAACGCCGACAUCGUCAGCUUCGGCUUCGCCUAGCAGCGCAAUCCCUUCCCCGCCAUUGCAUCAGCAUCAGCAUCAGCAGCGCACGAGGCUGACCUUUGAGCAAAUGCAGCAAGAAGCCCGCGCCAAGCUGGGGGGCAUGGUACGGCAGCAACUGGAAGCGGACCGCCAACAACAACAGAACCAACAGCAGCAGCCGCAGCCGCAAGAUUCGGAGGUAACACAGACCACUACCGCCACCCCUUCACCAGCCUAUAGCACUGCUGCUCCAGGCCCAACCUCACCUCCUUCCCCGGCACCACCUAGGGCCAGCGGCGCAACGGCUCCGCGGCAAACAACAGCUGCUGCACAAAACACCCCCACCAACUCCACCACCUCCUCAUCCUCAUCCACCACCUCCACCUCCACCUCAUCCACCACCAGCAGCGUAUCCGACACUGCAGGCGCAACAGUCGCAGCUGACGAUGCCCAGCAGCAGCAGCAGCAGGAGCAGCAGCCGCCCGUCAGCGAAUGGGAGGAGACGCGUCAGGAGUGGGCGGAGAUGUGGCAGCGCAUUCGGGUGCGGUGGCGCCACUUCGUGGAGCGGCCCUUGGACCCACCAUCGCCACAGGAGCACACAAGGCAGGCACAGCCCGACGGGGCGGCGGGAGCGGAGGCGACCGCGGAGGCCGGGGGCGGCGGCGUCAAGCGCCAGGCAUUCGUGAGUCGGGUGGUGCAGCUAGCUUGCGUCGCGGUGUUCGUGGCGCAGUGGGCUCCGCUGGCACACGUGCUGACGGGAGGAGCGGCGGCGGCGCAGGAGGCGGCGGCGGCGGCGGCAGGGGGGUCAACGACGGCAGCAGCAGCGGCGGGCAGGGAGGUGUGGCUGGCGCUGCUGGUCGCGAGUCCGCCGACGCCGCUGACUCUCUCCUGGCAAACGGACGCCAUCAGCUUGUCCGCAGGCCAGUACGGCAGCCUGCUGACUAGCAGCCUGCUGCACAGCGGGCUGGUGUCACUGCUGGUCUCACUCGCCUCCCUGGAGGAAACCCUGCCCUGGCUGGAGACGCUCGACGGCUUUAUGAUCAUGCUGCUGUCGUACGGCAUGGCGGGCGCUGUGGCGGGCCUUACGCAGCUCUUCCUCGGGGGCCAAGCGACGGGCAUCGCGGGCUUGGCUGCCGCCCUGGGCACGGAGGUGGCUGUGGGGGUCCGCUGUUGGCGUUAUACUGGCGGCCAGUUGCUUCCCCCCACGCCGGCCUGCGUAGCGCUGUUGGGGCUGUCCGGUCUGAUGGCGGCGUAUCAGCCGCUGGUGGGCACGUGGGGCAUCCUCGGCGGCAUCCUUGGUGGCGCCCUGUCCGCCGUACUUGCGUACGACAUUCUGUACGUCAUGCGUGUCGUAAUUGCUGUAACCAUUCUGCUAGGCCUGGGCGCGUGGAACUUGCUGAGCUGGUUGCCGCGCGUGCUGUUCCGCCUCGUGGUGGGGCUUGUGGCGGUCGUGUGGGGCACGGGGGUGGCGGUUGUGCAGGCGCUACGAGGCGUGUGA